AUGAAGACCGUGAUCGUGUUCGCUUUGUUCUCCCUGAUCGCCAUCGUGGCAGCCGCUCCCAAUAACGCCAAUAUUCUCCGAUAUGACAACGUCCAGGAUGAAAGUAGCUACAAGUUUGGGUUCGAGUCGGACGAUCAAAUCACUCGCGAUGAGGAGGGUCAGUUGAAGACCGAAGAGGAAGGUUUGAGCGUACGAGGCAGCUACAAGUACGUCGCCGAUGAUGGCGUCACGUACGAGGUGCAGUACAUCGCCGACAGCCAGGGCUUCCAGCCUGUGGGAGACCACAUCCCGCAGGAGUACGUCCCGAACGUGCCCAGCCUAUAA